GCAACUAACAUAGCCUAGAGUUGCUUGAGUGGCUCGCUAACUUCGACUAACUACUUUCGGUUCAUGUCCUUUGCAGAUGCCACAUUCCUGACUAUAAAAAAGAUCUAUAACCGAGUAAAGGGAGAUGUAAAGUAAGAAUUGAACGUGUAAAUGUUAAUUCAUAGUCGUAACAUAUGGUUUGUACGUUUACCGAUCUACUUUAAGCGUUACGUUUCAUGUUUUAACCAUGGCGACCUAACAAUUUACGUAUAGACAAUCAAUUUACACCGGCUGAAAAUACGCCUACCUGGACGCCCGGGACAUAUUCAUCGAUUCCUCUCAAUAGUGCCGCACGUCCACAGAAAUUGAUUUGGGAUGGUCUGGACGGACUUAAUAUGAACCAAUAAUAGAUUUAUAUAUUUCCGGCCAACUCAAGUCCAGGGCGGACAAUAUCUAAAGUUCAUCAAGUAAAUCUGAUUUUUUUUUAUUAAUAUGAAUCGGUGUGUGCAUGGGGAUAUGUUGGCAGCAGUGUAGUCUAUAUUCUCCUCGAUCGACUAAUUUGCUAUUUUUAUUAGGGUCAACGACAAAAUAAUAGCCAGGCUACUUUAUAAUAUGGACGUUUUCAAAUACCCUGUUUUCUUCGAGUGCCAGACUCUGGACCCACCACAGAAACAUAUGAUAAAAAGGUACUUUGGAAUUAAACGUAAAUCCGGUGGCGGAGAUUGUGGACCAGUAGAAUCAGUUGGUGACAAAGUCUACAAGAUCGCAUUUAUUGACCAGACAGUCCAGGAGAGGGUACUUCAGAAACAUAAUCAUGUUUUGGAGGUGCCUGGAGGACCUCUCUUCCUCACUCUGAGAGACAGCCUGGAGCCGCCACCCACAACAACCUCCCCAGUCAGGAGUCAGAGUCACCACUCCCUCCCGGUCGACACAUCUCCACCUGGUGGUCAAGAACAUGUACUCCAUCAUCUGAGCACAGGGAAGCAGGAGAAGAUCAGCACCUCCUGUCAUCUGGGACAGGUCCAGCUCCUUCUUCUAGGUGAAGUGAUAGAGAAGGAUCUACGUGAGGUUGUUCCAGGGGUGAAGGUGACGCGCCUUGACUCAGCUCAGCUGGUCCUGCAUGGCUACGCAAAUGAAGUCCAGACAGCCAGACAGUUGGUUACGGAUAAGAUCUCUCUGGUGCUGGAGCGGGUGGUGCCUGAGGUGUCCCCCCACCUCCUGUCCUUCCUGAGGGAGGAGUAUGGGAGACCUGGGAACCUGAGCAGUCUGCUGGGGUUGGGACUCCAUGUGGAGGUAGAGUUGGGGGAUACAGAGCUCCGUCUGUUCUCCCUCUCCUCUGGGAAACUGGACCAGGCUGAGAAGGAUCUUCUGGGGGAGUUUGGGGAGGAGAAGAUUGACCUGCCCAAAGGUGCCCUUCUGGCUGAACUGAAAUCUAAAUUUGAGAUGAAGGUGAAGGAGAUGAACCAGAGCAGAUGCAGGGUGGUAGCCAGAUAUGGUCCUGGGUGUAGAGUGCAGCUGCUGGGCCACAUGAAGGAGGUUCAGGAGCUGAGGGAGGAGAUUGGGGUCUUUCUGAUACGCAGGUCCAGUGUAACAGUCGUGAGACACCAUCAACAGAAUCAGGAUGGCGUAGUCAGCGAAGCAGGAACCAGAUUAAUACGGGAGGAGAUGGUCGCAGCCACCAGCUAUCGCCUCCGUCUGGGACUGCAGGUAGUGGUGUGUCAAGGUGACAUCACCAAGGAACAGGCAGACGUACUGGUGAAUGCAGCCAAUGAGGACCUUGAUCAUGCUGGGGGUGUGGCUGCAGCUCUGAGCCGGGCAGGGGGGCCUGAGGUACAGCGGGCCAGCAGGGAUCUGGUUAGGCAGAUAGGGAGAGUGCCCACAGGUACAGUGGUAGAGACUACAGGAGGGAAUCUGCCUUGUAAGAUGCUGCUGCAUGCAGUGGGACCAGUAGGGGGCAACGUAGGUGGGAAUGAGCGCCCUCUGCUGGAGAAGACAGUAAAGACAGUCCUGGAUCUGGCAGAGAUCAUGGAACUCCAGACCCUGGCCAUGCCCUGCAUCAGCUCGGGGAUAUUCGGUGUUCCUCUGAAGGUGUGUUCUGAGGCCAUAGUCUCUGCAGUGAGGGACUUUGGGAGGAAACAGCACAUCCUUACCAAGGUCACUCUGAUUGAUGUGAGUGGAGAGGCAGUGAAAGCCAUGCAGGAGGCCUGUGAUAGGCUGUUAGAGGGGAAGAGGGAGUUUCCUGGAUGGGAGGUAGAGUCCAGCACCACCACUACCACUACACAUGCUCCUCAGAGAGACACCACUGCUGCCUCCAUCAGGGGACCAGUGGCUCCAGAGGUCUGUGUCCAGGUGGAGAUCAUCCAGGGAACCAUAGAGAAACAGGAGGUGGAUGCCCUGGUGUCCCCCAUGGUUGGCAGUGACCCUCUCUCCUCCCGUGUUGGUAAUGCGUUGUUGGAGGCAGCUGGACCAGGGAUGAUGACAGCGUUUGUGAGGGAAUCAGGGGGACGGACUGCACCUGGUGACAACGUCCUAGUGGAGGGACUGUCUGGUCUCAGCUCUGGCCGUGUCUUCUUCCUCAGAUGUGCACACUGGGACAACAACCCCCAAGGACCAGCAGUACAGGCUCUGAGGCAGGGUGUGAGGAAAAUUCUGACCUCUUGUGAGAACCGUGGCUUCCGUUCCGUUGCCUUCCCUGUAGUUGGAACUGGUGUGGUUCUCCAGUUCCCUCACAACGUGGUAACACAGGUUCUGCUAGAAGAGAUCCGUAGGUAUGAACAGAACCGAGCGAGCAGAACCCCCUUCCUUGUCCGCAUCAUUGUCCAUCCAAAUGACAGAGAUUCUACCAAGGCUUUUCAGAAUGCCCAGAAUGCUUUGCAUCUCAGAGGGUUCGUAUUAGGCACUCGACCAGAGCAAGACAUCAGGAUUGUGCUGCUGGGGAAAACCGGAGGAGGUAAAAGCAGUGCUGGAAACACCAUCUUCGGACAAGAUGAUGUGUUCCUCUCAGACAGUUCCUCCACCUCCUCAACACAGAAAUGUAAAGCUCAGACCAAGAACAUCAAAGGGAGAAACAUCACCCUGAUUGACACACCUGGAUUCUUUGACACUGACAUCCCUGAAGAGGAACUGAAACCUAAAAUAGUUAAAUGUAUAACAGAAUGUGCUCCAGGGCCACAUGCCUUUCUCAUUGUACUGAAAGUGGAACGGUACACAGUCCACGAGAACGAAGCCGUAGCGAAAAUCGAGACAUAUUUUUCACCAGAGGCCUUCAAAUAUGCUACAGUCCUCUUCACUCAUGGUGACCAGCUCAAUGGUUUGACCGUUGAGAAGUUUGUCCAACAGAAUGCUGAUCUGAACAAGCUUGUGGAGAAAUGUGGAGGCCGCUAUCACGUGAUCGACAACAAAUACUGGAACACCAAUCAGCAGGGUCGGUACAGCAACCAGUACCAAGUAGCAGAGUUACUCAACACCAUAGAGAAGAUGGUGAGAGAUAACGGGGGAGGGUUCUACACCAACGAGAUGCUCCAAGAGGCAGAGAGAUUAAUACAAGCAGAGAUAGAGGGUCUUAGGAAGGAGUUAAAAGGCCAGAUGUCAGAGGAAGAGAUGAGAAAACAAGCCAAGAAAAGAGCAAGGAAGAAACUCAUGAUCAAAUUGUCAGGGACACUAACAGGUGCAGUGAUAGGAGCUCUAUUUGGCGUAAUACUGGCGAUAAUGAUUCCACUCUCACUCGCUACACAACCGUUGAUCAAUUUAGUCAAAAGUCAUAUAGCAGCUUCAAUGACAAUAGGGCCAGCAGCUGUGGCGGAGGUAGCAGGACCAGUACUUACACUAGAGUCAGGGGUGGGAGUGGGUUCAGGGAUAGGUGCAGGGGUAGGCAUAGCUGCAGGACUUGUCGUUGGGAUGGCAGCAGCAGCAGGAGGAGUAAGAGGAGGGAUAGUAGGAGCUACUGCAGCAGAGGAGGCAGAGACAGUACAGGAGGCAGCAGAGGAAGCAGCCAAUGCUGUCCUCGAGGAUGCUCAGGGUCUUUAUCACAAAGCAGAAAACAUUUUAAUGCGUUUCAGUAAAUCUAAAUAGAUCAUAUAUACCUGAAACCAUUGAUUGAUGGCAACAUGUGUUUCAACAUCUGACUAAUAACUAUGUAGAGACCAGUCAGUUCUAUACCACUGUAGAAUAGCUGCUUGUCCAAAAUAGCUGCUUGUCAACAUUUUUUAAAAUAUAUAUAUUUUGCAUAUAUUUUUCAUUUUUAUAGUUUUGUAAAAAUCAAGGGAUAUAUAUUGCAAAUAGUAAUGUGGCCGUCCUGAAAAUGUUUCAGCUGGUUAUUGACAUUCAAAAGGCUGAUUUUAUAGUUCGAGGAAUAUAAUUUUUCCAUAUCGGAUCGUGUUCGCAUAUGUAGUGGCUAUAUGUUGGGAGUAAAAGUGAACAUUUCAAACAAUACCUAUAGAGUUAUGUGGUUAGAACCUUGGAAUGUCUUAGAAAUCAAAACGUAUAUGGGCUGCAUGAUGCGACUAUAGGCAAUUGAUGAUUUUAGAAAGUCGCAAAAAGACUUUGCGCUUUGUUCCUUGUGUAAUGUCAUUCGUCUGUUGUUUGAAGAGAGUCAGACCGAAAUGCAGCGUGUAGGUUACUCAUGACAUUUAAUGAAGAAAAUGCUGUACAUGAAAUAACUGAGAAUACAAAACAACAAACGAAUGAAACUAAU